ACAUAUUCAACAUACAUACCUUUCUUUAUCUCCCUAUAAAUUCUUCCAAUUGCCUCCUUUUUUCUCUUCAAAACCAUUCCAUUAAUAUCAUUUCAUUUCAUUUAUCCUCUCAAAAAAACUUUACACUAUUCUCCAAUUUCUCCAAAUGGGUGAGAAAAAAGAAGAAACCAAAGUUAAAGGAGAAGAAAAGAAGAAUGAUGGGGGAGAGAAGAAUGCCAUAAUUUUAAAGCUCGAUUUGCAUUGUGAAGGCUGUGCCAAGAAAGUCAGACGUUUUAUUCGCCACACCCAUGGUGUGGAAAACGUGAAAUCAGACUGUGAAAGUGGAAAAUUGAUAGUAAAAGGUGACGUGGACCCCACAUGGCUCAGGGAAAGGGUGGAGAUCAAGACCAAGAAGACGGUGGAGCUAAUCUCAUCGCCGCCCAAAAAGGACGGCGGAGAUAAAAAGUCUAGUGAUAAAGCUGAGAAAAAAACAGAAGACAAAAAGGCCGACGAGAAGAAACCCAAAGAGGCUCAAGUUAUAAGCACUGUGGUGGCAUUGAGGAUUCGGGUGCACUGUGACGGGUGUGCACAUAAAAUAAAACGAGUUAUUAAAAAGAUCAAAGGGGUACAGGAAGUGACUAUAGAAUCAGAAAAAGAUUUGGUCAUGGUAAAGGGCACAAUGGAUAUAAUGAAGCUAACUCCUUACUUGACCGAUAAAUUGAAGCAAAAUGUUGAAGUUGUUUCAUCAAAGAAUGACAAUGGAGGUGGUGAAAAGAAAGGCAAGGAAGGUGGCAAUGACAAGAAGGAGAAAGAGAGCGGCGGAGACAAAAAAGAAAAAGGCGGUAGCGAUGAGUCGAAGGCGGCAAGUGGUGGAGGAGAAGGAGAUAGUAAAAAUGUAGAUGCUAAACAGGGAAAAACAGAGGUGAUCAACAAAAUGGAAUACUAUGGUUAUAAUGCAAAUACGCAUUAUGCAAUGCCUAUGCAACAUCAAAGUCAUAUGAAUCAAGAUUAUGGCCCGACAAUGUAUGAUCACGGUUAUGGUCAUACGGGCUAUGUAGUCGAAUAUGGCCACCAACCACAGUAUGUGCCGCCACCUCCUCCACCAACGUACUUUAAUGCGCCUCAAAUGUUCAGUGAUGAAAAUCCUAAUGGUUGCUUUAUCAUGUGAAAAUGACCCAACAUUCAUCAACCUUUCUAAAAGCCACGAACUCCAAGGAGUCUCGUCUAUGAAGUAGAGCGACCUCCACGACCUCAGUUUCUGGUGAAUCUUCUAGCUUUAAAUAAUAGGAAUUGCGAUUCAGCAAAAUUGUACAUAAAUCUAGUAUAAAGGCUGAAAAAUAGAUAUAUAUGAGGAUAGAGUGUUGUCUUAGGAAAUUUUAUUAGCUUAGUGAACACGGCUAAACCCCCAUUGAGUGGUGGAUUAUUCAGUAUUUAUUCAUUUAUUUUAGUUUGUUUGUAUGUCAUUAA